AUGCUUCCCUUUAUUUUUCUGUGCUUGGGCGCCAUCUCGGCCGCUUCGCCUUGCCAACCAAGUGAUAAGCCGUUUGAUAACUUGAUCACAUUUGGCGAUAGCUUCACAGACAACGGGCGUCUCCAAUACUAUCUUCUUAACGAAGCCAACCCUCCCCCGCCGGGAAUUCUCCACCCUGAGGUCAAUAAGACGGCCAGCGGUGGCCUCGCAUGGGGCCAGUUUGCUUCGCGGGCCGUGGGCUCUAGAUACUUUGACUACGCGGUCAGCGGUGCCGUCUGCUCAAACAAGAUCACUCCUCGUUAUUUCACUGGCCUCAAUAGAACCUUCCCCGCGGUGCUGGAAGAUGAGUUGCCGUCGUUUGUGGCAGACGCCACAGUUUCUGGCGAUGUGCUUUAUGCAGGAGACCGCACAGCGGAGAACACUGUUUAUGCUUUGUGGAUAGGAACCAAUGAUAUUGGCCAGAACGCGUUCCUGACCGAUUCACAGGUCGCCGGGACGAACCUCAGCACAUUUGUCGACUGCGUCUGGAAGGUUUUUGACGGCAUAUACGCUGCUGGCGGUCGCCGUUUUGUGCUGCUGAACGAGGCCCCCCUACAGAUGUCUCCUCUGUACGCUCCUAGUGGGAGCGGUGGCUCCGGGGACUCUGUGUUCUGGCUGAACAAGACAAGCUACAACGAAACCGAAUACAGCCAAAAGAUGAUGCAGUACACAAGCACGGUCAACACGGUCUUUGACUACGGUGUGCCGUUCAAUUUGCUGGUCCGGAGCCGGUGGCCCAAGGCUCUGUUCUCCAUCUUUGACGUUCACAGCCUUAUGACCGACAUUCUGAACACCCCAGAGGCUUACCUCGACGCGCCGGCAGAUUCCACGGGCUUCUACCACUACUGCCGCCCGCAGAACAGCUCUGCCUGCACUGAUGAUGCUGACUCCAGUUCAAGUUUUAUGUGGUAUGAUGAGCUGCACCCAUCUGAGCGGACUUCAUCGCAUAUUGCGGACGAGUUCCUCCGAGUGCUGGAGGACAAAUCGGCAUAUGGAAAGACCUGGGUGUCUUAG